CAAGUCCCAGUGUGGGCAAAUCUGAUGAUCCACUGUGCGCGGAGUGGUAGCGGUCAGAGAGCUGAGAUCAGACCACGGGGCGUGGGCUCGGACUGAGCCCCGGCGGAAAGAUCAUUGGUUCAACAACUCCGUCAAAUUCACGUGAUUACUUUUGGAUACUUUAUAAAAAUGAAUCGCGGAAAGUCGGGCGAUGCGACGCUUAUUGAAAUGGACCGGACUGUUUGGUCCAACGGUGGUGGUGAGGAAAACAACGGCUUCCACACGAGUUUGGAUAAGGAAUCAUUUCAACUUGAAAACGCUGUGUCCACGUUGAGUGUUGUCUCUGAGUGCACAAGCAUUGCGUCUGUUUGCUCAAGUCAUUCUUCAGUGAUUGGGUGUGAACGGUGUGAGAAAGAAAACACUGAACCACAGCAACACCUCAGCAGCUUUAUGGGGAUAUGGAGAAAGAGAGCCUUAUUUCUGAAGUAUCGCUCACGGGUGGAUAAACAGCACCAGAGCAAGGACUCUGUGUACUUUAGAGAUGGCGUACGUAGGAUAGAUUUUGUUCUUUCAUACAUCGAUGACAAGGAUGAAGUGAAGAAAGUGGAGCGAAGGAAGGAGUUUGAAGGUAACUUACAGAAAGCCGGACUUGAGCUGGAGACUGAAGACAAAUCUGAGUCAGAAGAUGGAAAGACAUAUUUCUUAAAGGUCCACGUUCCCUGGGAGGUGCUGGCAACGUACGCAGACGUUCUGAAAAUCAAAGUGCCUUUUAAAGCCAAUGAUAUUCCAGAAAAUAAAGAAGCGCCCAUGAGCUGGCUCUUUACACCCAUUCGUCUCCCUGAAAAUGUGAUGCACCCAGAGCCCGAUUAUUUCACCUACACCUUCGACAAGAGCAAGAUCGACUUUUUUCUCAUCGAGGACAAAGACACCCUCUUCCCUCCGUCCACACGGAACAGGAUUGUGUAUUACAUCCUUUCCCGAUGUCCUUACAGUAAAGAAGACAAAGCCAAGAAGGGCAUUAAGAGGUUGCUGAACAACGGCACCUAUAUAGCUGCCUUUCCUCUACAUGACUGUAGGUACUGGACCAGGUCUCGAGAUCCAAACUGUGAGAGUGAACGCAAUGAACUGUACAGAUUCUGGGCACGUUUCAGUCGCUUUUACAAAGAGCAGCCGCUCAACCUCAUACGGAAAUAUUAUGGAGAGAAGAUCGGCAUCUACUUUGCUUGGCUGGGCUUUUACACAGAGAUGCUGUUUUACGCUGCACUUGUCGGUCUGCUCUGUUUCAUCUAUGGUUUGGCCACAUAUGACGAAAAUGUCUCGAGUAAGGAGAUUUGCAAUGAGACCAUCGGCGGGCAGAUCAUCAUGUGUCCUCUCUGUGAUAAAAAAUGUGGCUACUGGAAGCUCAACUCAACGUGUAGUUCAUCAUGGCAAUCAUAUCUGUUUGACAAUACGGCCACGGUGUUCUUUGCAAUAUUCAUGGGAAUAUGGGUGACUCUGUUCCUGGAGUUCUGGAAGCGGCGUCAGGCGCGGUUGGAGUACGAGUGGGAUCUGGUGGACAUGGAGGAAGAACAACAGCAGAUGCAGCUCAGACCGGAGUAUGAGAUCAAAUGCACAGACCGCCGGAUCAACCGCGUCACCCAGGAACAGGAGUUGGUUCUAGACCAGACAUCAGCUGAUAAAGCAGGCAGGUUCAUCCUGUGCUGGACCACUGUUGUCUUGUGGAUCUGUCUAAUCAUCGCCAGUAUAAUCGGGGUGAUAGCGUACCGCCUGGCAGUGUUUGCUGCCUUCGCCAGCAUUAUGAAGGACAGCCCCACCAGUAAGCUGGAAGUGGUUGGGUCAUUAAUCACACCUCAGCUUGCUACAUCUGUAACCGCUUCCUGCAUCAACUUCGUCAUCAUCAUGAUUCUGAACUAUCUGUAUGAGCGGGUGGCCAUUUGGAUCACUGAUAUGGAGGUUCCGAAAACUCACCUGGAGUACGAGAACAAGCUGACGGUGAAGAUGUUUCUCUUCCAGUUUGUCAACUACUAUUCAUCCUGUUUCUACGUAGCCUUCUUCAAGGGCAAAUUUGUGGGUUACCCUGGUGAUUAUGAAUACAUGUUCAGCAAACGGAGCGGCCUGAGAAAUGAAGAGUGUGAGCCUGGUGGUUGUCUGAUUGAGUUAACCACUCAGUUAGUAAUAGUUAUGACGGGGAAACAGGUGUGGGGGAACAUACAGGAAGCUCUCGUACCUUGGCUGCGUAACUGGUGGGUGAGCAGGAAUGCCCGGAAUCACCCGGAGAGUCUGUACAGCCGCUGGGAACAGGAUAAUGACCUCCAGUGUAUGGGUCAGCUCGGACUCUUCUACGAGUACCUGGAGAUGGUUAUCCAGUUUGGCUUCAUCACCCUGUUUGUGGCAUCUUUUCCUCUGGCUCCGCUGCUUGCUCUCAUUAAUAACAUGGUGGAGGUGCGAGUGGAUGCUUGGAAAUUCACAACUCAGUUCCGCAGGCCCGUGGCUGCCAAAGCUCACAGCAUCGGUGCAUGGGAGGAGAUCCUCAACAUGAUUGCUGUUUUCUCAGUGGUCACCAAUGCCUUCAUUGUCUCGUUCACAUCUGACAUGAUCCCACGGCUGGUGUAUCUGUACACGUAUCACCCGGGAACUGAGAUCACUAUGGAAGGAUACAUCAACAACAGCCUCUCGGUCUUCAACAUCUCAGAGUUCCGACCCGAGAACCGGCCAGAGGACGGAGAGAACCCCGAAUGGUUUAACAGCCUUAAUGUGACCACAUGCAGGUACCCUGAUUACCGCUACCCACCGGGACAUGAGAAACAGUACAAGCACACCAUGCAGUUUUGGCACAUUCUCGCUGCCAAAAUGGCAUUUAUCAUCAUCAUGGAGCAUGUGGUGUUUGUGGUGAAGUUCUUUGUGGCCUGGCUGAUCCCUGACGUGCCGUCGGAUGUGAAAGCUCGUAUAAAGCGCGAGCGUUACCUGAUUCAGGAGUAUCUGCAUGACUACGAGCUGGAUAAACUCAAAGUCCAGCUCAGCCAGAACAGGCAGAACAUUGAAGAGUGUACAUGUCCCACCACAGCCGCCCCACCUGUGAAACUUGAGGUGUUUUCUGACUGUCUGACCUAACCAGACCUCUCUGAACCACAACACACUACAAUCUCAAGGCCAAUGAGAGAGGCCCGUGUUAUAAAGCGCUCUGAAAUCACCACGCUUGCUUUACCCCACUAGUCCAUAAUAAAGUUUACAUCACGCAACGUCCAGACCGGAUCACAGUACUUUCACACUGUGUUGACUCAUCUGGCUGCUUGAUUGAUUUAUAUUCAGUCAGGUGACCUCCAUAAGUCGACCCUUAUGAAAGGGCCCCCUCUUAGAACCAAGUCUUCCCAAUCGGGAUUGUUAAAUCUGAAGUUUUAUAAAUAAAAUAGCCAUGAAGUUAAAGCCAGAUUUAAAUGCACUGUAGACAUAUCUUAAGCCAUAUGACUUCAGCUGUAACUUGUUUUCUGAAAACGCGAUCUAUGCAGUCUCCUCAAUCCUUGUUUUUGUUUGAUUUCCGUGUCAACGUUCUCUGCUGGUGUGGCCAUUUUCUCUUAUAUGACACUACAAAGAUAAAGUGUGAGCUGUUUAUAUUUUCUGGUAAACACUGUGUCAAAGCCAGACAGCUAAGGGGUGAAUCUCAUGAAAGCAUUUCUAGUGUCAUAGUCUAAAAUCAAAAGAACUAAAAAGGUAAGAAGUUCUAUUUUGCAUAAAGAAAAUGAAGGCUGUUUGGGACUAAAUGGUAUUUUUGUAAUGCAUUUUGUUCCCUAAACUCAGAUUAAAACGGUAGAUUCUCAUUACCAUAAUGCAAAAACAGUAUAUUCUCAAUACCAUAAUGCAAAAACAAAGAAGAAUAGCAUUACCACAAUGAAAAAAGAGUAGAUUGUCAUUACAGUAAUUAAAACCGUGAAUUAUCAUACCCGUAUUGCAAAAACAGUAUAUUCUCAAUACCAUAAUGCAAAAACAGAAGAAUAGCAUUACCACAAUGAAAAGGAGUAGAUUGUCAUUACAGUAAUUAAAAAUGCUUUAGAUUCUCAUUACUUUAACCCCAAAAACUUGAAUUCUCAUAACCGUAAUGCAAAAACAAAGAAGAAUAGCAUUACCACAAUGAAAAGGAGUAGAUUGUCAUUACAGUAAUUAAAAAUGCUUUAGAUUCUCAUUACAGUAACCCCAAAAACGUGAAUUCUCAUAACCGUAAUGCAAAAACAGUAGGACCUCAUUACCAUAACAGGACAACUUAAGGUUCACUAUCAUUAUUCUCAGUUAUCACCACAAAAUGAAAGAAUAUCAAUUCACAUUAAAAACUAAUAUGUCCAAUAGUUCGGAGUGAAAUAUAAUCCGGACAUGUUCUUGCUAGUUUUUGUGAGAUUCAUCAGUUUUUAGAGAAUCGAAUCAAUCGUCUUUGAACACAGCUUCUGUAUGAAUAUUUAUUUGUUCUGAAUGCCUUGCAACCAAAGCUAAAAUGCCUUAAAACCUUCUUACAUCUGCAUGAAUGUUCGACAUUAUUUAAAAUAGAUUAAGAUAUUAAUAUUCAACUAAAGUUUAAUCUGUUUACUGCUUGUUUAGAAUUCAUGUACAAAGAAAUGUAAAUUAUAUAGAUGAAGUUGUGAGGAGGAAAAGAUUUUAAGUUAUUACUGUACGUACUUUUAGUGAAUUCUCUUUUGUGAGUUAUAUAAAAAACUGCCACGAAAAAUUUAGCAGUAUUAUUUCAUAGUGCAGCAUUUCUGCUGAUUCAGUGACAGACAACUUCCAAUGCCAUAUUUGUUUUCUUGCUGGAAAUAUAAUUCAAAAUGAAGCUCUAUACCAAAUAUGAGUACGUAUACAGUACAUAUGCACACUACAAGUUAAACUUCUUAUUUUACAGAGCUGAUUGUUACAGGCAAUCAACUCAUUAAACCUUUAAAACAACCAAUGAGAAAUCUAUAUUUUCAAAGCCAAAGUGCUAAUGCUUAUAAUGUGCCUUUGUUUCUCCGAAAAUGAAGUCCAGGUGGAGUGUUCAAUCAUUUUACCUUCCUUUCCAUUUCAUUUGCUGUGUCGUCCUAGUGAGAGAAGGACAAAGCCACUGUGGCCAUUUUUUCCUAGGUUUUUGCACAAAGCACUUGUUGUCUCAUACAAUCCUCAGUGUUAUGCAGUUAAGUGAAAAUGCAGUUGUAUAAAAUAAUAAGUUUAGGCUGACUGUAUAUUUCCAGUUUGAUCAUGCCUUUGUCAUUUCAUUUGACAUUGGCCUAAAGGGUUAACAAAAUUAGCAAUGAAAAUUCAAAUGAGGACCAUAAAAAGUUAGGAUCGGUUUGACGUGUAAUAAUAACGAGCGCUUCUAUUUUGCUUUCAUUUUUGACGUAAACGGUUUAAUUGGAAAUCAUAUUUUAUCUGUAUCCUAAAUGUUUUUUUCCAUCUCUGUGUAAUAUGAAGAAUUUAAUCAUUGUUUUCUCAUUUCAAGAACCGUUAUUCAUAGAAAUGUAUGCUGUCUGAAUAGUUCACUAUUGACAUUGACAAUCUGGAAGCUGUGCCGUGAGGUAUAAUAAUCCAUCCAAGGUCAUGACCUUAUUUCAAAUAGAUUUUGAAGUUCUGAAGAUAAAGUGUUUGUGCCUUAACCUUAUUUUAUUUUAUUCACUUUAUUUUUUUAGAAUUUCUGUCAUUUUGAUUCAUUUAAAUGAUUUCAUGUUUUUUUUAAUCUGAUUUUGACAUUGGUUAGCAUGGUUAUCUAGGAUGUGUAUUUGAAUUUGUGUGUGGGUUUUUCUGCAUUGCUCUUAUGUACUCGGAAAUGUACUAAAUUUUUCAUUCUUUGUGCAAUCCAUUGUCACCCAAAUAAACUAUUAAAU